AUGGUCUCAACUCCUCCGCCAAACCUGAUCCCCUUUGGCGCCGACGCCAAUUGCACCCUUGACCUCUGUCCGUUGGAAUGGAGCAUCCUACGAUAUCAGCCCUCGAUCGCGGCGAACACGGUCUUCAUCACAUUGUUCGGCGUGUCCAUGGUCCUGCACACCAUUCAGGGGUUUCACUAUAAAGCUUGGACAUAUGCGAGCUGCAUGGCAGCCGGGUGCAUUCUCGAGAUCGUCGGCUACGUGGGCCGGUUGAUACUGCACCACAACCCCUUCAGCUUCGAGGCAUUUCUUAUGCAGAUCAUUUGUAUCACUGUUGCUCCCGUAUUUUUGUGCUCAGCAAUCUACAUACUUCUCUCUCAGAUGAUCUACUGGAGCGACCGCUCGAUAUCCCGCUUCGACCCGCGGGUGUUCUACUUGAUCUUCAUUCCCGCCGACAUCAUCUCCCUCGUCCUGCAGGCCACGGGGGGCGCCCUCUCGGCCGUCGGCACCGAGGAGGACGAGGUCCAGACCGGGGUGGACAUUUCCCUCGCCGGCCUCAGCAUCCAGGUGAUCGCGCUGACGACGUUCGUGUGUCUCUUCGCCGAUUAUCUCAUUGCGUACUUUCGCAAGCACGGGCAGGAGGUUACGCGGCGCAUGAAGGUCUUUCUCUUCUUCCUGUUCCUGGCUGUUAUUUUCGUCCUGAUCCGCUGCGCGUACCGCAUCGUCGAGCUCAAGGAUGGGUAUCACGGCGUCGAGUUCCGCAAUGAGGCCAAGUUCAUCGCUCUCGCGUCAUCGAUUAUGAGCGCUGCCAUCUUUCUGCUUAAUGUUGCACAUCCAGGCAGAGUCUUUGGCGUCGCGCAGAUGACAGGCAAGGACGCCAGAUCGUUUGAGAUGCGGGGCAUGCCUAAGACGCAGACUCAGGGCAAGUCUGAGAAUAACGAUGAUGCCGCGACAUUGGUCUGAAUGUUUACCGCAUGUAGAUGUUUCAGAAAUAUCAGGGAGCGGCCCCGGUGAUGUUCGUCUAGUGCGAAGUGGAUAUAGAUACGAUGAGAAGGCGCCUGGAAAAGGUCAGCCCAGGAAAAAUGAGGCGGUAUCCUUGGAGUUCGGGAUGAUGGCGGAUAGAUGAUUUCUGAAGGGACUCAGAUAGAGCUAUUCGGCGGCGUGCUACGUUUUAGACAACGACUCCAUCAUUGGCUUCGAAAAAGAUAGAAGGCAGAGCAGAAUAGAUAGAUUAUCAUGAGAGUAUUUCGAGUG